AUGGGAAACGAGCAUUCGGAAAGGAUGGACAAAAUUGAGAAGAAGCAAGAAGAAAUCAUGGGUCAGUUAUCAAAAAUUUUGGAGUUGAUAUCUACAAAUAAAGGAAAGAGAGCGGUAGGGAGUUCUGGUACACCAGAAGAUGUUCAACAGACAGAAGCCCAUACAGACCCUGUGGCCACCACCGACUUACACCCAACAGAGGUAAUCGGAUGGGCAAGUCCUUCAGAUCCCAUCUCUGUACCUGAUCUAGAAGAUCCAAAGGAACAAGAGAAGCUCAAAUAUGGAUCCGUUGAAUCGAAAGAUAAUCCAGAUACCCACAAAAAAUUUAACCUUUUUGAGGAAAGACUACGCAUGAUAGAAGGAAUGGGAAUGUAUUGUUCUAUGGAUGCAAUUGAACUCUAUCUUGUUCCAGAUGUGGUUAUACCCCAAAAAUUCAAAGUUCUAGACUUUGAGAAGUAUGACGGAACCAAGUGCCCGGUCACACACAUCACCAUGUAUUGCAGAAGGAUGGCCGCAUAUGCUCAUGAUGACAAACUCUUGAUACAUUGCUUCCAAGAUAGCCUUACUAGUGCUACAGCAAAGUGGUACAUCCAAUUGGACCGCAAUCGAAUCCACACGUGGAAAGACCUUGCUCGGGCGUUUGUAGCUCAAUAUAAGCACAUUACAGAUAUGGCUCCGAAUCGCCUUUCUUUACAAAACAUGAAGAAGAAACCCACUGAAAGCUUCAAAGAAUAUGCUCAAAGAUGGAGGAAUGUGGCCUCUCAAGUUCAGCCACCAUUGAUUGAGAAAGAGACCACUGUAAUGUUCGUUAACACCCUGCAAGCCCCUUACUAUGAACGAUUGGUUGGUAGUGCCGCAAAGAACUUUGCUGAUAUGGUGAUUUUAGGAGAAAUGAUAGAAACUGCCAUUAAGUAA